GCCCCCUCCGUCAAGUACGAUCCACGUACGCCCUUGACACAGAAGCCAUCGAAACCUUCGACCGGAUACAUACUACACCUCUCCUACUGUUUCCACACUCACGACAUGUCGGGGCAUUUCCGCGAUGUUAUGAGUGCACUCAAAAAGGACCCGAUAAAAUAUUUGGCAGAACUAUAUAACAGGCCACAGGUAGAGGAGUCUGUUCAUAAGAUCACACUACCUCCACCACGAGAAGUCAGCCCCUUGAUUCGAACCGCACGCUGGAGUCUUCUGAUUUGCGGAAUUGUGUAUGGUUUCACACGCCUUAUGUACCUUCGGUCUCGAGAAGACGCAAAACAAAAGGAAUUCAAACGAAUCGUCAAAAUGCGUUAUGAAGAUCAUCAAAGACGGUACCAUGAAGAGUCAGAGAAAACACUUCGACAACUGGCCCAGGAUUGUGGUGUCGAUAGUCUGGACUGAACAUCGUUCGUUGGUUAGUGCAGAUGCACCAAUACAGUACUUGUAGCUACACUCAUGUUCUUCCUCCCUGCCGUUUUUGAUUGGUGACGCGAUUUUUUAAUUUUCCCCUGGCUCUGUUGACGCCUGUCUAUUGUUGUGUGUCAGUCAGUCACAGGUCUUUCUUUAAAUCGUAGGCCUCUUUACUCUUAACUUAUGAUCUUGUGCAACUUGAACUCUUGACCAACAUUGUACGCGAAGCAAUCAUCUUGGCAGAUAGUGUGGUCGUGCUAGGAACAGCACAAUACCCUAACGUGAUCAUCGUACAUGGCUUGACAACUCUAAGCCUUUAUAAAUGCAGUCUUAAUACACUCACAGCGAUGAAUCGGG